AUGGUCUUCUACAACAGACUUCUCUCCUCUGUGCUUCUUGCCAUUUUGUAUGCCUCCUACAGCAAUGCCGCUGCUCGACCUGCAACGUACAGCACUCAGAAUGUGAAGGACCUCGGAAACGGUGUCAAGAUCCAGAUGUUCCAUCCUCCAUCCAACUACAGUACUUUCGGAGAGGGCUUUGACACCCCUUCAACAUUUUCCGAUGCUCCGAUUGAGAACAAAACGGUUUCGUUUGUCGCGUCGCAGCUUAAAGUGGAUUCUGGCAAGGUUUCGUUCAAGUCCGGGUACGCCAACGAAAACGGUGAAUCGUUCGGCUACGCUCAACAAGUUCAUAACGGUGUUCCCAUUGCGAAUGCUGUAGCCAAUGUUGCAUUCAAAAAUAACAAGGUUGUAGCUUUUGGUCAAUCAUUCGUCGAUACCUCCAAAGCUGCGGAUUCCAAACCAUCGGUCGAUGUUUCCACCGUCAUCCCAAAGGUGGAACAGACUUUGCAAGGCAAAAAGAACGAUAUCGAGCCGACUGUCAAGUAUCUCGCUCAGCAAGAUGGAUCCGUUGCUCUCGUGCACGCCUUCCAAGUCGAAAACGAUGAAGCUGGGACCUUCUAUGAAGCUUUUGCAGAUGCACACACUGGGGAGUUGCUCUCUGUUACCGACUUUGUCGCUCAAGCCUCUUACCGUGUUGUCCCAAUCUUCAAACUGGACAUUAAAGAGGGUCUCGAAUUGCUUACAAACCCCGCGCUCACCUCCGCAUCACCCCAAGGAUGGCAUUAUGCGAAAGGCGUAAAUACCACUGAUACCUCCGGUAAUAACGUUAUCACCUAUAAGGGUGCGACGACGGCUACUACCAAACAAUCCAGUAGUGGUCUUGUCUUCGACUACACAUACAGCCCGGGUGUUGGCCCGACUGAAGGAGCUAACCUCGAUGCUUCCCGCACGAACGCUUUCUACUUAAUCAACGCCUACCACGAUACGUUGUACCAGUAUGGUUUCACGGAAAGCAAGUUCAACUUCCAGCUCGACAACCUUGGAAAGGGUGGUGCCGGGAAUGACCCAGUCCUUGUCAGUGUUCAAGACGCUGCUGGAACCAACAACGCGAACUUUGCUACUCCUCCCGAUGGACAAUCCGGGCGGUGCAGGAUGUACAUUUUCACCCUUACGAACCCGAACCGGGACGGUACCCUAUCAAACGAUAUCGUAAUUCACGAAAUGACCCAUGGCCUCAGCAACCGACUGGUCGGUGGUGGUACAGCCACUUGCCUGCAGGCACUGGAGUCCAGAGCCUUGGGUGAAGGGUGGUCCGAUGCUGUUGCCGACUGGUUUGUCCACUCUGAUUCUCCUCAGAUAACCGACUUUGUGUUUGUUCCUUGGCUAUUUAACAAUCCUCGAGGGGCUCGAUCAAAGCCCUAUUCAACUUCCAUGACGACCAAUGGUUAUACGUAUGCCGAUAUUGGUCAGAUGAAUGAAGAACACUAUAUGGGAGAGGUCUGGGCGAAUAUCCUCCAUAACGUGUACGCCCAACUCGUAGGCACACGCGGGUUCUCCACCACUGCUCGAACGAGCGCGAGUGGAACCCAAGGAAACAUUGUCUUUUUACAGCUUCUCGUUGAUUCCCUUGCUUUGUCACCUUGCAACCCCACCUUCAUCAGCGCUCGUAACGCCUUUAUCCAAGCGGAUAUCAAUCGGUAUGGUGGUGCCAAUAAGUGUCUACUUUGGAGGGUGUUUGCUAGUAGGGGUAUGGGUUUUAGCGCUGCGAAUUAUGCCAAUGCUUUCGAUGUCCCCGCUGGUUGUUAA